GGGAAUCAUUUUAUUUGUGUGUAUUUAUUUGUGUGUCCUUGGGCCCCUUGACAUUUAUGACCCCCCGAUCAAGCCACGCCCAAGGACUUGCGCCGCGUGUACCGCGGCACGAGCGCGAGCGGGGAGCUGGUGCUGCAGGCGGACGUGCCCGGGUCCGUGCCCGAGGCCUUCGCGCUGGUCUGCGAGGCACCUUGCGGCUGGGCAUGCCAGGGUGCCAAGGGCUACGUCGCCUCCGUCUCGCAGCGCUGGUGGGGCAAGGCUUCGGCAACAGCAUGAUCCAGAGGCGCAUGCAGUUCGCUCGCAGGGAAAAUGGGUCCUGCUGCCUGACCGAGGCUGAGAUGGCUAAGAAGCUCGGGUCCGAAAAAGAGGGGACGCGGCCCGAGGUGAGCGACGUGGCUUUCUCUGUGGACGGCAAAGCCGUGCCCCAGGAGCACCUGGUGGAGCUCCACAAACGCCUCUUUGCGCAGGCUAGUGGCUCGUACUGCCCAGGCUGCAAGGGCGCUGGUGACUUGUGCCAGCCCAUCGGCCCGCUCGGGCCUGGGCGCCACCUGGUCGGCCUCCGCGUCGAGCCGCGCACUUUCCAGUCCUCCGACAUGGCCGUGGAGGUGCUGCAGCUGCUGCUGGUUGCGGAGGCGCGGUGACCCAGCGCCGUGCGGCUCCGAGCCAUCGGCUGGCUCCGCGGCCCUGUCUGGAUGCUUCAAGCUCCCAGCUCCCGGCUUCCCCCCGAGGGAGCGGCCGCCACCAGACUCGGACAGUUUUCGACCAAGAGCAGCGGAAAGAGAGA